AUUGUUCCAGAUGGUGAGGUUCAGAUCAAGAUUGGAGAGCCAGCCACAGAGGAGGAAAUGACAGGAGAGAUUGAAACACUGACUGAAGAGUCUGGCAGCUCCAAGGCUGAUGAUGCCCACAAUUCCAAAGGCAGCGGAUUCUUUGAGUUUGGGGAUGAAUUGAAUGAUCAGAUGCUCUUUGGAAGAAGACAGUAUAACUGCGACGAAUGUGGCCAAAGCUUUGCUUGGAAUACAGGUCUUAUUAGGCACCAAAGAACUCAUUGGAAACCUUACGAAUGUGAAGAAUGUGGAAAGGCCUUUCGGAUGAGCUCAGCCCUGGUUCUGCAUCAGAGAAUUCAUACUGGAGAAAAGCCCUAUCCUUGUAGUUGGUGUAUUAAAAGUUUUAGUCGGAGCUCAGACCUUAUUAAACAUCAAAGAGUCCACACGGGUGAAAAACCUUACAAGUGUGAUGAGUGUGGGAAGGCCUUCAGUCAGAGCUCAGAUCUUAUGAUACACCAGAGAAUCCACACAGGAGAAAAACCCUACCAAUGUAGUCAUUGUAGUAAAAGCUUUAGCCAGCACUCAGGCAUGGUUAAACAUCUGAGAAUCCACACUGGAGAGAAACCUUAUAUGUGUAACCAUUGUUACAAACAUUUCAGUCAGAGCUCUGAUCUCAUAAAACAUGAGAGAAUCCACACUGGGGAGAAGCCAUAUAAGUGUGAUGUGUGUGGGAAGGCCUUCAGUCAGAGCUCAGAUCGUAUUCUCCAUCAAAGAAUCCACACUGGGGAGAAGCCAUAUCCAUGUGCUCAGUGUAACAAGAGUUUUAGUCAGAAUUCAGACCUUAUUAAACACAGAAGGAUUCACACUGGCGAGAAGCCGUAUCAGUGCAGUGAAUGUGGGAAGGCUUUUAACCAGAGCUCAGUCCUUAUUCUGCAUCAGAGAAUUCAUACUGGAGAGAAACCCUAUCCAUGUAAUCAGUGUACCAAAAGCUUCAGUAGGCUUUCAGAUCUUAUUAACCAUCAACGAAUUCACACCGGAGAGAAGCCUUACCCGUGUAGUCAGUGCAGUAAAAUGUUUAGUAGAAGGUCCGAUCUUGUUAAACAUUAUCGAAUCCACACUGGGGAGAAGCCCUAUGAGUGUGAUAAAUGUGGCAAGACUUUCAGUCAGAGUUCCAACCUUAUUCUCCACCAGAGAAUCCACACUGGAGAAAAACCAUACCCUUGCAACAGUUGUUCUAAAAGUUUUAGUCGAGGUUCAGAUCUCAUAAAGCAUCAAAGAGUACACACUGGAGAAAAACCAUAUACUUGUAAUCUGUGCAAUAAGAGCUUUAGUCAAAGUUCAGACCUCACUAAACAUCAGAGAGUGCAUUCUGGCGAGAAGCCCUACCACUGUAGUAGUUGUAACAAAGCCUUUCGUCAGAGCUCUGACCUUAUUCUCCACUACAGAGUUCACACAGGAGAAAGACCAUAUGCGUGUACUCAGUGCACCAGAAGUUUCAGUCAAAAGUCAGACCUUAUUAAACACCAGAGAGUUCACACUGGAGAGAAGCCAUAUAAAUGUGUGUGUGGGAAGGCCUUCAGCCAGUGCUCAGCCUUUACCCUGCAUCAGAGAAUCCACACUGGAGAGAGGCCGUAUCCAUGUGCUCAGUGUGGCAAAAGCUUCACGCAGCGCUCUGAUCUAGUUAACCAUCAAAGAGUCCACACUGGUCAAAAGCCACAAAUGUAAUACCUGUGUGAAACCUUCAGCGCCGUGACCAGUCUUCCCGGAUAGCAGAGGGCGUGCCCAGAGCCAUUAGCAGCUUUUCUGACACGGGAAAAAGUGAGAAAGUCCUGCCUGGCAGGCAGAUUUCCCAGCCUGCUUAUGGAAAAAUAAGAGAAGGUGUACUUGAGGCUCAAGGCGAGGGGCCGAAGACUCUUGACCUUGGUGGGAGAAACAGGGAGGUUAUUUGAUGGGAACAGAUGUCUUACUGUAUAUUGCAGCAAAUUGCUUCUGUUGGCUUAUGGCUUUGCUUCCACAAUACUGUAGCAUAAGAAGGCUGUGAGAACUACACUCACUGCUGGCGUGGCAUAGACCUGCAGCCCUCCCGUAUCUAUCUCUCUUUUUUUUUUUUUUAUCUUUCCUAUAAUCAGCCUCACUCUCCCCGCAGAGACUGUUCAACUUUGUGCCAUCCAGACUAAUACAAGGAUCCACAUAAAAGACUUCUGAUCUCAUGUUCAGGGUAGCUGAUAUUUUAACAAAUCUUAUCUUGGUGAUUUUAAGUAAAUCCAUUCUAGGCAGGCACAUGCCUUUAAUUUUAGCACUUGGGAGGCAGAGGCAAGUGGAUCUCUAAAUUCAAGGCUCUCCAGGGCUACAUAGAAA